AUGGGCAGCCCCUAUGGGGACUCGGGCAGCAGUAAGCAAUACUGGCUUGAGAUCGGACCCACUGACUUGCUGGAGCGCAAGGGCUCCCUGACCCUCCGCUCCCAUCACAAGAAAUACUCGAAACCCGUUUUGGUGUAUUCCUGGCAGCGGGACAGAGAAGCCUUUCCUAAAGAUUAUGAUAUAGAAGAUCCUGAAACUGUAAAAAGACUGUGUAAUUCAACAUACUGGCGACUUGGAAUGGAUGAACCACCGAUUUGGAUAUCAGAAACCCAUGAACAGAUGGAAAAUAUUUGUUUUAACACCGAGUUGGCUGAAAUAAAGAGCAAGGCCUUAUUGAAUGAGGAUACAUUGAGCUCUGGGAUUAUUGAAAGGGACACUGGAUUGCCUGCCACAGGUUAUGGGGCCAUCUUUACUAGACACCCUCCAGAGUAUCGCAAAAUGUGUCUCUUGACAACAUACUCUCAAGAAUAUGUUUCACCAUAUGCUUAUCAGCCACUUGAUUAUCCCUGUGAAGAUUAUUAUUCAAUAGUGCACAGAAAAUGCCGUUCUCAAUUCACAGAUCUAGAUGGUUCCAAAAGAUUUGGCAUUAACCAUUGGCAAGAUGAGAGUGGAAUUUAUGCUAAUUCAGAUGUAAAACAAAAAUUCUACCCAUUAACUGGUGGUCCUAUUGUUCCAUUUUAA